AACCGCGCUGGCGACCAUCGCGGUCUGGCUUCGAGGCUAACGCGUAUAAAAACGUCCAUAUAACGCGGAUUACCGGCAGUCAUUGCGACGGCAGUAUCUUUCCGGCGUGAUAUGCGGGGCGCCGCGUCGCGCGUCGCCGUCGUCAUCGUUAUCGUCGCGAUCGUGGACUAAAGAUUAUAAUCGCUCGUGGCUCGCUCGAGGUCUCCGCUCGGGGAGGAGAGGAUGCCGGUGAAAGUGGACGUGGUGCCGCCGCCACCCGCAAACUCCAAGCAGCCAGGUGUCACGAAGUCCUUGCUGUACAACGGCUCGCGCUUCCAGGGCUCGCAGAAGUCCAAGGGCAACAGCUACGACGUAGAGGUGGUUUUGCAGCACGUGGACGAGGAGAACAGUUAUUUGUGCGGAUACUUGAAAAUCAAGGGUCUGACGGAGGAGUUUCCGACGCUGACGACCUUCUUCGACGGCGAGAUCAUCUCCAAGAAGUACCCGUUCCUCACCCGCAAGUGGGAUGCUGACGAGGAUGUUGACAAGAAGCACUGGAGUAAGUUCGAGUCGUUCUGUCAGUAUGCCAAAACAUUCAAUUCCGACACGUUCGAUUACGAGGCACUGAAGGGAACCGACUUUGUAUUUAUGAGGUGGAAAGAACACUUUCUGGUUCCUGACCACACAAUCAAAGAUAUCAACGGUGCCUCCUUCGCGGGAUUCUACUAUAUUUGCUUCCAAAAAUCAGCCGCCUCAAUAGAGGGCUUUUAUUAUCAUCGUAGUUCUGAAUGGUAUCAGUCGUUGAAUCUGAAACAUGUGCCGGAACAUAGUAUACAAAUUUACGAGUUCAGGUGAAGUCGAUACCCUCGCUGAGAAAAUCUCGAUAUUCAAGUCUUUUCCCCCUGUAGCAUGCAGAUCUCGUAAGAAUUUGGCGUACAAAUUUCAUCACGACCUUUUGUGAAAAGCUCGCGUUUGUGUUUAAUCGUGACACUGCAGUGACGAGGCUGUCUACGAUGAAACGAUGGAAUUUGAUGAACCAAAUGACGUUAUACAAUCCAUAUGGUACUGACCAUAGAAAUCUUACCAUUUCCUUUGUGCUGUUCCCUUCUUAGUCAACGGAGAGAUUCGUGAAGGAUAGCGAAUGAUUGAACUCCUUAUUUGAUGAUAUUAUCGAUCUUCAGGUUAUCUUCUCAUAUUGAUUGUAAAGUGAUUUUAUCGAAAUAAAUUAUUUGAUGCCUCUUAUCAUUUUUAGAUUAUUUGUACUCGUUGUACUCGUGCUGGCAUUGUAAAAGGUCUUUGGUCUACAGUCUGUGCAUGAUUCAACAUUGACAUGUGUUCGAUACUGUGAAAUCAUGUCUGUUUCUUUCGUUCUCAAAGCGACACGCCCGAAUUGCGCGUGACGAUGCAAAUUGAAGAAAAAACCUGAUGAGAGUCUACAUUUUUAGAAAUCACACACGAUUGUAUGAGAAUUAUGCCCGUCAAAUCUCUUGAUUUUGUGCUCGAGCGUCUAUGAGAUCUGUCUGCUAUAUUACGGAAGGCCGUGUGUAAUUGUUGUAAUUCAAAUGAGCUGGACAUAUAUCGUAGGAAGAAGAAGAAGAAGAAGAAGAAGAAGAAGAAGAAGAAGGAAGAAGAAGAAGAAGAAGAAGAGAUAAUCUUGAAAGUUAUUUAAGAAAAAGAUUAAGAGAGAAAGAGAGAGAGCAUCUUGAGAUAUCGAGGUUUGACCUGUAUAUUUUAUGUUGGAGAUAUAUUUAUUUUAUGCAGUCGAUCUUUGUCGGACUCUAAUAUUUUAUACGUACAUACAUGUGCGAUAUGUGUAUGUGUGUGCGCAUAAUACGUGUAUACGCACACACACACACACACACAUUUGAUUUUAAGACUAGGCAGUAGACAUAUGUUGAGGCUGUUUAUAAAACUUGUCUUCACGUUUCGAUUGAGUGUUAAUUAAAUAUUAAUUCUCUUAGGGAGAUAGCGCAUUGUUGUGAUAAGCAUUACGAUAAUAUACGCAUAUAUAUAUAUAUAUAAUGUAUAUAUAUAUAUAUAUAUAUAUACACGCAUAUAUAUAUAUUAUAUAUAUAUAUACGGAUGUAUAUAAGUUUACGGAUUAUAACGUGACUAAUAUAUAUAGCUUAACGGAGAGUUGUGCGUUCGGCAUACCGCAGCUUUCGUUUGUGAGGUUCACAAAAAAAAAAGAAGACUCUUCUCUCGACGACACCCGGUGAUACCGAUACUCCGGCGACGA